AUGAUUCGAGGACGACGAUCAUCUAGUUCACCCGUACUCUUUGCUGCAAAUGGGUCUACCAUAUCAACAUACGGGUUCAUCGCUUUGCAACCUAAUCUCGGAUUACGCCGUGCUUUUCCGUGGCGCUUUAUGGUAGCCGACGUAACUACCCCGAUUAUAGGAUCCGAUUUCCUCGCGCAUUUUCAUCUCCUACCGGACAUGAAGCAAGGUCAACUAGUCGACGCGAAAACUGGACUCAAAGCAAAUGGGACUGCAAAUAGAAAAGAACUUUCGUCAAUAAAAUCCUUGAUAGGAAACACUCCCUAUCAUCAAUUAUUGGCACGGUUCCCCAAAAUUACACAAGCCCCAGGGAGACAUCAACAGCACCAGCCGCACUCAACCAUGCACUUCAUUAAGACCACGAGUGGUCCACCAGAAGCAUGCAGACCACGCAGGCUAGCACCUGAUAAAUUAAAGGCAGCAAAAGCAGAAUUUAAUCUCCUAUUGGAAGAAGGGAUUAUCCAGCCUUCCAAAAGCCCAUGGGCCGCACCAUUACAUAUGGCUCCCAAAAAGGAGAAUACCUAG